UGUGUGUAUGGAGCGCUGGGCGGGGGUUGCGCCCGCAGUCGCGCCCCCGGCCCGCCGCCCAGGCCAUGCCGCCCUCUCGGCGCGCGGAGCCGCGGCCGCCGUGCCUCCAGGGCUGAGCCGCGAGCGGCGGGAGGAGGCGGCGCCGGCUGCGGAGCGGGAACGGGAGCCGCGGCGGCGGCGGGCAGCGCGGCGGACCCAGUACUAUGGCUGUGUACUGCUAUGCGCUCAAUAGCCUGGUGAUCAUGAAUAGCGCCAAGGAGGGCAAGAGCGGCGGCGGCGGCCCCCGGACCAGCGACAGUCAGACGCCCCCGCCCUCGGGGAGGGCCACGCUGAGCCCCGGCAGCGUUUUCAGCCCCGGGAGAGGCACCUCUUUCCUCUUCCCCCUAGCCGAGUCGCUGUCGCCCGAGGAGCCCCGGAGCCCCGGGGGCUGGCGGAGCGGCCGGCGCAGGCUGAACAGUAGCAGCGGCAGUGGCAGCGGCAGCGGCAGCAGCAGCGUGGGCAGCCCGAGUUGGGCGGGCCGCCCUCGGGACGGGCAGCAGGUGGUGGCCACCGGCACCCUCUCCCCGCCGGAGCCCGAGGAGGCCAAGAGGAAGCUGCGGAUCCUGCAGCGCGAGCUGCAGAACGUGCAGGUGAACCAGAAAGUGGGCAUGUUCGAGGCGCACAUCCAGGCGCAGAGCUCCGCCCUUCCAGCGCCCCGCAGCCCACGGCAGGGCAGGGCUCGCUCGCCCUCCCCCUGCCCCUUGCGAAGCAGCAGCCAGCCCCCAACAAGGGUCCUGGCUCAGUCCUCCCUGGGCGAGGAGCGCAGGACAAAGUCUUGGGGGGAGCAAUGCCCAGAGACUUCCGAAGCCCACUCGCCGAGGAGAGGGGUGCCCAGCCGUUGCCCCUCGAAGGACACGGAAGGGGUGGCACCACUCCCUGGCCUGGACACCUCAGCAGGAGCAGUGGCCCUGCACCCAGCCACUUCGGUGAGAACGGAGAAGGGAGUCCCUGCCAGUCCCCCCGGUGGCUCACCCACAGCUACGGACAUUGACAAGACGGGCUCUCCUUCGGGAACUCCGAGCUGCCAAGCUCCCUCCUUGGGGCUGGGCAGAGUGAGCUUCAUGGUGGCCACAGACACCGCAACAGCUGCAUCCACCUGGCCGCUGUGUCCCCACGCUCCCGCCCUGGCUGAGCCAUCUGAGAGGGCCUGCGAGCCUGGGGGAGCAGUCUCCCGGGAGACCCUGGCCUCCGAGAUGCGGGGACAGUUUCUGGGCAGCGACGACACAGGCCCAGCCUCGGAGAGGGCCAGGGCUUGCGGCAAAGAACCCCCUGGGAAGGCGGGGAUGGGAACUGUGCCCUGUGGCCUCCCUGGCUCCAGGGUGCCUGAAGCCGGCGAGAGACCAGAGGAGACGACUGUGAACGCGCAAAGCUCAGAGGCCCAGGGCUGGGCCAGGCCGCCUGGAGUCCUGGGCUCGGGAGGUCCCGGGGAGGCCCCAGGUGGGGUCCCGGUGAUCCGGGGGCCACGGCAGCGCGCUGACCGAGCGGAAGAAGGGUCUGCACCGCUGGGCUUGCUUGGGGGCCACUGCCCCGUGCAGCCAGUGGGCCAGGAGAUGGAGGCGGGAAUUCCUUCUGGAGCCUUUAAUUUCGUAUUCCCAGUUCUCCUGAGAGGGGUGUCCUUGCUGCGGCUGCACACUGUUAACCUACGAAAUCAAGCGCCCGGGGCCGUGGCCCAUCUCCACAGCAUGGAGCAGAAACACCCAGCUCAGACUCAGCCCCGAGGCUCCCGUCCUGCUGACCGUGGGCAGUCGCCGUGGACGGCGGGUGGAAUCUGCCAGGCUGAUCCCGUGACUGUAUUCCAGCUCGACUUGCCGUGGUGCUGCCACCAGCCUUGCGUGUCCUCGAGGUCCUUGUCAUCUCCUCACCGGACCUGCCUCAUUCACCCUGGGCUGCAAUGA